AUGCAGCUUCACGAGGACUCUGAAAAUCCGAAGCCAAGUUCCGAAGCAGCAGCUGGGACGACGGCGUUCGGAGCAACAAUUGCUGACCCACCUCGCCGUCGCGUGCUAUUGCCGCGGGAAUCGCCCGAGGCGUUCGGGUCGGGCAUGCAGCUUCACGAGGACCUGAUGCCGCUGUGGGACAUGGCGGCUCGCGUUGCUGUCAACGGGACCAUUCUUGUCGUGGUCUCCAACGCAGGCUACAUGGACAUGCUGGAGAACUGGGUGCGCCACGUCAGCAAUGCGGGGCUGGGAGCACACUUCAUUCUUUUCGCAGAGGAUGAGGAAACUCUUAGGUUCGGCCAGACCAGAUGGCCCGGGCAGACCAUCCACCUGGCCCUUCCCGACCAAUCACUCUCCGCCACCUGGCAAGCCUCCUCCGAAGCACUCUUCCCACACUCCCCACACUCCCCACACUCCGCCACACGCGCAGGCACUCUCUCCUUCCACCUCCUCGCCUCCCGCCGCAUCCUCUACCUGCUCCACCUCCUCUCCUUCGGAUUCAACCUCCUCUAUUCCGACACUGACGUUGCCAUUCUCCGCAACCCUCUCCCAGAAAUAACUGCCGAUCCGAAACAGACAUUUGACAUGGCACUUACCCUCGAUGGUUACGAGUCAAACUGGCAGAAGAAAGCGGUCCAGGUGGAGAGUUACGGCGUUGCGAAGCUAGCUGACCGGAAACUUUCCGUUUCGAGCUCGCUGCUUUUUCUCCGCCCGACUUCAGGGGCUAAGUGUUUGGUGGGGGACUGGGCGAAUAGGCUGAUGAAGUUGGGGAGGGACGAAGGGACAGAACAGGAGCAUUUGAACGCGCUGAUUGUUGAAAUGGAUAAGUACGGUCUUUUGCCGAGAAUCGCCGUGCUGCCCGCGCAGAAAUUUUUGUCCGGGCAGCUUCUGCUGGAGGAUGAUUGGGCGACGGUGGAGGCUUUAAAGGGGGAGCUGGUGACCGUGCAUGCGGGCGGGCUGAUGGGAAAAGACGCCAAGAGGUAUGCUCUGAACAAAAUAGGGUUUUGGAUUGCUGAGUCGGAUGCAGCAGCAGCAGCAGGUGGAGAAGGGGAGAGUGGAGGGGAAGCAACAGGAGGAGGAGAAAGUGGGGAAGCAGCAGCAGCAGGAGGCGGGGAAAGGCGGGGUGAAGCGGCAGCAGGAGCAGGGUCGAACUCAGAGCCUGCUUCCUCUUCAAACGAGGACAGCAAAUGGCCUAGUACAAUCGAAACCAGCACCCUCAGCAACAGCAGCAGCAGCAGCGGUUUGGGUGCAGGGGACAAGGGGCCGUUCUGUGUGGGGCUGCUGUGUCCUGAGAUGCAUGUAUCGCAGGAGGAGGUGGUGCUGCUGUCAGUGCAGCCGUGGGUGCAGCGCCACGUGCAGCAGAUGGACCCUCUUGUUCCCAUGGUGGCCUCAGCCGACCGCUUUGUCAUCGUCACCACUGCGUGUAAAGGUAAGAACAGUACGGUGGGCGCGUUGGAGGAGGUGGUGCUGCUGUCUGUGCAGCCGUGGGUGCAGCGGCAUGUGGAGAAGUUGGAUUCCCUGGUGCCCAUGGUGGCCUCAGCCGAGCGCUUUGUGAUUGUCACUGUUGCGUGCCAAGGUAAGAGCAGAACAAUGAGUGUGUUGGGUGGAGCAGGAGGAGGUGGUGCUGCUGUCCGUGCAGCCGUGGAUGCCGCGGCAUAUAGAGAAGUUGGAUUCCCUGGGCAGUACCUGGGGCAGGUGAGCGUCUGUUUCUGUGUCUGUGUGGGACUGCUGUGCCCUGAAUCUAGUUUUGAGGCGCCUCAUAACAGGGGUCCGUUCUGUGUGGGGCUGCUGUGUCCUGAGAUGCAUGCAUCGCAGGAAGAGGUGGUGCUGCUGUCUGUGCAGCCGUGGGUGCAGCGGCAUGUGGAGAAGAUGGACCCUCUUGUUCCCAUGGUGGCCUCAGCCGACCGCUUUGUCAUCGUCACCGCUGCGUGUAAAGGUAAGAACAGUACGGUGGGUGCGUUGGAGGGUGGUGCUGCUGUCCGUGCAGCCGUGGGUGCAGAGUCAUGUGCAGCAGAUGGAUGCUCUUGUUCCCAUGGUGGCCUCAGCCGACCGCUUUGUCAUCGUCACUGCGGCGUGCAAAGGUACAAGUGGGUUUGUGGGUGUGUGGAAGGGUGGGUGUUUCGGUGGGUGCAGCGCCACGUGCAGCAGAUAGACCCUCUUGUUCCCAUGGUCGCCUCAGCUGACCGCUUUGUGAUUGUUACCGCAGCCUGCAAAGUGCCCCAUCUCCCAUCUCCUCUAUCCACGUUCUAUUCGUCUCUCUGUCCUUCCUUGUUCACCCCCGCCACUACCAGGUCAAAUCCCUCUCUUCACCAAAUGGUUCAAUACCAUGCACUCUGCUGCCAUGCCCCACCUCCCAUCAUGCUCCCCUCUUCCCUAACCCUCUACCCCCCUCUCCGCCUACCCUCCCCUGUGUGCUACCUACCAGGUCAAGUGCCUCUCUUCACCAACUGGUUCAACGCCAUGCACUCUGCUGCCAUGGCUGGCCAUGUGAUCGCUUCAGUACCUCAAGAGGUGGAGGGUACGAGCCAAGGCCUGCUGAGGCAGCCAGGGGAGAGUGAGUCGCCCUACAAGGCAGCCCUCACGUGCCUGCUGCUGCCCUCUCUGCUCAUGGAGCGAGUGCUCAAGCUCGGCUACAACGUCAUCUACAGACCCUCUCCCGUUCCUCCCUCCCGUUACCUCACAUCCACCGCAUGCCACCCCAUUGCACCCCCCCAUCUUCCCCCCAUACCCCACUUUCUCCCACCCACCAACAGUGACAUCUCCUCCGUAUGGCUGCAAGACCCCCUCCCGUUCCUCCCUCCAGAGUUCAACGCAGUUCUCCCCUCCUCUGUCCCCUCAUCCUCCCAAGCACCACCAUCCACGAGCAACAAAAUAGACGGCAAACUCAAGCGCACCCUACCCAUCUCUCGGUCCGACUUGGGUUAUUUCUCUCCUUGGUUCGUCGCUCUUCGCCCCUCCCGGCCAAUUCUCCUGAUGCUGAAAGAAUGGGCUCUUCUCGCGUUGGAAGAUUUCCGGGAAAGGACAGCCGCGGCGCAUAGGAACUCGCUCGCGCACUCGCUAUCCGCUUCGGAGAGCUUAAAAGUGGGGCUGAAUGAGGCUAUAACGAGGAUGGUAGAGGAGGGGGAGCCGGGGUCGAACGUUGGCGUUCUGUCGCGGUGGUUGUUUCCGCCGGUUUGGAAGGUUAUGGGGGAGAGGGAGUGGUUUGCGAAGCAUAGGGAGGAGGUUGUUGCUGUGCCGAAUGAUUGCGGGGAUGAUGUGAGCCAUAGGGAGAUGUGUUUCAGGGAUUUGAAGCUGUGGGUGUAG